CCUGGGGCAAGUGCACAGGUCAUUUAUAGACCGGAUGUGACUGCCUGCCUGCCUGCUCCAGUGAUCUUUCUGUUGGAUGGUCUGAGGCACCUUCAGCGAGCAGGCCUUCGUCAUGGUGAUGUGAGCAGAGCCCAGGAAUGCCUUAUGUGGAUCGGCAGAACCGAAUCUGUGGGUUUCUGGACAUCGAGGAGAAUGAGCACGGCGGCAAGUUUCUGCGGAGGUACUUUAUUCUGGACACCCAGGCCAACUGCCUGCUCUGGUACAUGGACAACCCCCAGAACCUGGCCGUGGGGGCUGGAGCUGUUGGAUCUUUGCAGCUGACCUACAUUUCAAAGGUGAGCAUCGCUACCCCAAAGCAGAAACCAAAAACUCCAUUUUGCUUUGUUAUCAAUGCCCUGUCACAGAGAUAUUUUCUUCAAGCCAAUGACCAGAAAGAUCUGAAGGACUGGGUUGAAGCCCUGAACCAUGCCAGCAAGAUCACUGUACCCAAAGUUGGGAACUUACCCCUGACUACAGAAGUUCUCCAAAGCCUAACAGCCCCUUCAGCCCUGGAGAAGAAGCCACAGGUGGCCUACAAGACAGAAAUCAUCGGUGGGGUGGUGGUGCACACGCCCAUCAGCCAGAAUGGUGGGGAUGGGCAGGAAGGGAGUGAGCCAGGGUCCCACGCCAUCCUGCGAAGGUCUCAGAGUUACAUCCCCACAUCAGGCUGCCGAGCUUCCACCGGGCCCCCCCUCAUCAAGAGUGGCUACUGUGUGAAACAAGGGAAUGUGCGGAAGAGCUGGAAACGCCGCUUCUUUGUACUCGAUGACUUUACCAUCUGCUACUUCAAGUGUGAGCAGGACCGAGAACCACUGCGUACUAUAUUUCUCAAGGAUGUUCUCAAGACCCACGAGUGUCUGGUCAAGUCUGGUGAUCUCUUAAUGAGGGACAACCUGUUUGAAAUAAUAACCGGCUCCAGGACCUUCUAUGUGCAGGCGGACAGUCCAGAGGACAUGCAUAGCUGGAUUAAGGAGAUUGGGGCAGCUGUCCAGGCCCUCAAGUGCCACCCCAGAGAAGUAUCUUUUUCUAGAUCCAUUUCUUUGACUCGACCUGGAAGCUCCAGCCUCACAGGUGGGCCUAACUCUGUCUUGUGCCGAAGGCGGCCACCUGCAGAAGAAAAGAAAGCCCUCUGCAAAGCUCCCUCGAUGGUCUCCUCCUGGCAGCCUUGGACACCUGUCCCCCAGACUGGGGAAAAGCUGCUGGCAGCGGAAGAGACUGCAGAGGACUCUCUGUUCACUGCCCGUCUAGGGGAGAGAAGCAUUGCUGGGAUGCUGCCAAGCUCCCGGGUCAGGCACAGAUCGGAGCCCCAGCAACCCAAGGAGAAACCAUUUCUGUUCAAUCUUGAUGACGAAAACAUAAGGACUUCUGAUGUGUGACGAGGGGCAGCAUGUGGGAUGGGAGGGAGGAGAGAGGGAGGACUGGACAGAGGUGGCUGAGACUCAGUUUCUCUUCCUCACUGCAUGUUGGAUGCCUUUGUGGCACUCUAUUCCUGUGGCUGUCCAUGGGAGGGUCCAUGCGGCUGGCUUUUUUAAUAUUAUCAAUGGGAAGAUCACUAGGUUAGACCUGUGGGGCAUACUCAGGCAGAGAGUGUGUUGCCUCUUGCUGAAGUAUCCCAAGGUCUUUCUGGUGGGGUGUUGGUUUAGCAUCUCCUCUCUACAAGCGAUGUGGACUCCAGUUGUAACCCUAGCCAAAUUUAUUUCCUUGUCCUUGUUUUAGUUGCUUCAUUUUGUUUGAAUCCAUUCACAGGAUCCUAGGCCAGUCACCUAGUUUAUCCUAUUCCUGUUAAUUGGUUGAAGUUUGUGAAGCAGGAAGGUACAACCCAGCUGAAAGGAGUCGGGGGUGGGGGGUGCCCAGGCUGCAGCUGGACUGAGGUCCACCCCAGGAGGUAGUUGAAAUGAGGGGGGGCGCGGUGCUGGAGGGCUGCCCUCAAGGGUCUGCCAAGAUGGACGCCCCAGGAGACUCCCAGGGAAAGAGAUGGGUGUCUUUUGUGAGGUAUAGGGAAUAAUUCAAUGCCAGUGCAUCAGCCAGUUUUGGAAAUUACUCUGUUCUCCUUUUGAUGCUCUGUGAGCCCUAGUGCUGUAGCAGUAGGUGACAGACCGACCCAUCCAGUGGCUGUUUCUGGCCUUGUGGGUGGGCUUAUCAGUGUUAAGUGCUAUAACUGUUGAGAAUGUAACAGACAUUUCCCUUGAUAUGGUGAGAUUUGAAAUGUGUGGAGGGCUGGUAAGAGUGUGAUAAUUUGCGUGUGUGAUAGAAUGAUCUCUAUCUCAGUUUUAGAAUAGCUUUAAGGAGGUGCUGAGAAGAGAUAGAUGAUAGUUUAUCCUGCUAAGCUUUCUUGAUCCAUGUUUUCCAGACAGGAAAAAAAGUUCUGGUCUUUUUGAGUGGACCAUUUGCCUGAUAUUAAGUGUUAUGUAUCAUAUACCCUGGCAGAUUUGCUUUCUUUUUAUCCUUUGUGUUGCUUGUUGAAUGCAGCUAUGUGUGGGUGCAUGAUCAAACCGUGUACUUAACGGUGGGGAGAUACAAAGAUAAUCUUGAGAUAUUUAUAUUCUUUAGUGGAAUAGAAACUGGGUAUAAAAACAUUGAUUUAAAGGUUCUGCUAAUGAGAGGUGUCCCAGGUAGAAGAGCAUAGGAGAUUGAAUUUCCUAUCCAUAUUCCCUUUGGACAAGGUACAAUUUCUAGUGCUCUAGGGAGUAUUUAUCUACCCAGCUUCUGCAGUGAAUUGCUACCAGAAACUUUCGAGAGCUUCCUACAGGGAGAGAGAACUUAGGUGAUUACUACUUGUAAUUUUUAUUUCUUAGAUCAAUUAAUUAUAUUUUAAAAUAAAAAAUUAGCAACUAGAGGAAGAGACAAAAGCAUUUGUACCUAAGUAAAUCCCUGCUCCUUCUGUGUCCACAUCUGAUCCAGAGGUGAAAAUUCUUGAUGAAACAGUCAUUAGUGUUGCAGGGAAACAUGUUUCUCCUGGCCCGGGUGGCUAUGUUUUUUUUUUUCCUGUAUUAAAUUCUUUUAUUGGUACAUUGUAGGUAUACAACACAAUUACAUUUCUCAUUGGGAAUUGUACCUUUAUAUAAUGCAUCUUGGUUCUUAUUUUUUCCCCAUUCCCAGCCCUCCCUUCACGCCCUCCACCCUUCCCUAUUUACAAAGCCGGGUGGCUAUCUUGAAAUGUGGGUCAUGCAAGGCUUUUUCUGCUUCACUGCAUGGGUACACUCCUUCACUUCAGUUAAGUUUGGCCUGUGGUCCUAGUCUAAAAAAGAAAGUCUAUAGGUUCUCUCCCUCUUUCUCUCUCCAUUUUUCCUCUUUAAAAAAUAAACUCGAAGGGCUGGGGAUUUAGCUCAGUGGUUCUGUUGCCUGCCUCGCAAGCGCAAGGUCCCGAGUUCGAUCGCUGGUACCAAAAACAAAACAAAAUGAAAAACAAUUAAAAAAUAAACUCGUAUGUACUUUUGUCCUCAGAAAUUCUCAGUUUGAGAAUUAUUUAUUUAUGAACAAUCAAGGUUACAACUUACUUUAAGUAAUCUGAUCUUAAGAAGCCAUUCCAAAUUCCUAAAGCCCUUUGUCUCUGGUUGCACCUUCCUAUUUUUCUCCCCACCAACUUCCUGAGUUUUUCAACAGAAAUGCACAUCAUGCGACAUGGAUGUGAUGAAAAAAAAUGAGACGCUUUUGAAUUCUCUUUAAACAUUCCCUGACUCAUGGAAAUGAUGUCAUCUCUUUGUGUUUAAAUUGUGAAGAUCUCUGUCUCUCUCUGACUCUUGUCUCUCUCUCUCAAAUAAACUGUGCUAUAUACUACUGCUAAUUAAUUGGCUAUUACAGUAAGCUGAUAGAUUUCUUAUUCAGUAAGGUCUAUUUUGAGAGUAUGUUAACAUAAUCCAGUCUGUUUUAAUGAAGGAGAAACAAGGACUCUUAACGAGCAUAAACUUGGACACUCCAAGGUGGAACAUAGUUAAUAUAGUUCUAAUAUCAGAAAACUGUGUUUAUCUUUUUUGAAGCCUAAAAACAUUCACAUUCCAAAUCUUAUCUCAGAAUUCCUUUUCUGUCCAUAUUUCUUAACCUUCUGACCAAUUUUAAACCACUGUCUUUUAAUGUGAGCCAAAGAUGGUGCACAGAUAACUGAAGCAUUUGGUUUUAAUUGUGUGAAAUGGAACCAGGUGGAAAAAAUUAGAAAAUAAAAUAGGGAUACAGGAUAGGUGAAUGGCUAAGCACAUAGGUUCUGGAAUAAAUCCUAGUUAAAAAAAAAAAAGGAACUAAAAAAGAUACUGCAUUUUCUUUAGGGAAUGAAAACCUUGGGCAGGGGAUUUAGCUCAGUGGUUCCAGCACCUGCCUGGCAAUGCAAGGUCCUGAGUUUGAUCCCCGGUACAAAAAAAAAAAAAAAAAAUCCAAUGGGCUGGGGAUUUAGCUCAGUGGUUCUGUCACCUGCUUCGCAAGCGCAAGGUCCACAAACCCGAAGUGCAGCAGUAUUCCAGGUGGUCUUCUCCAUAGUGGAACGACUUACCAUCUAUUAUUCUGGAAACCUGACAGACUUGCUUACUCAAGGUCAAGUGAUGGUUGGGGAAGAUAGUUUGCCUUUUGCUUUCUAUGAGACGUAAAGGGUAAGGAGGUGCACACCCUGGAUAGUGGCCUCAGGUCACAGUAGUGGAAUCACUCCUCUGUGUCUGACUAAAAUCCUGAGCUCCUGUGAGAAGGGUAGAGUUAAGGUCCACUUUGUAAGUUUACUAGGAGCAAAAUAAUUUUUUUCUUUUCUGACUAAAAUGACCUGAUAAGUAAUUAGUUGAGCAAUGGAAUUUGAUAGGUUUGUUUUCAUUGUUAACCAGAUAAACAGGCAUAUGGAAGCGUUAACAGCAUUUUGGAAAUUAAGUUUCCCAAAUCAGUUUUGUUUAUUAACUUUGAACAUGUCAGAAAUGGGCGUGUUUAUUAAAUAUUUUCUACCAACAUCUCUUUUUUUCCUCCUUAGACCUGUUUUUUCUGUUAUGGCUUGCAGCACUUACAGGCACUCAUGCUAGGUAGAGUCUGAAUAAAGCAAAUGUUCUGCAAAAACAUACUAUUUGAGCCCUUCCCCAUCGCUUGCGAAGGUUUUGAAUCAGUAGGUCUCAGCUGUGAAGCACCCUCGCUUUGAGUCCCGAGCUGAGUGCAUGGAAUCGUACAGUAUGCUUCUCAUUUUUCUGUGAUCUGCUAAUUGGUAUGUAGCAAAAAUAAUUUUCUAAAACUGUUUUGUCGCUUGUUUUGUAAUAAAACCAGUACUGAAA